CCGCUUUCAGUUCGCCAGCGAACGCAGAACGUGCCAGACCCAAAAGUUCAGUUUCGAGAGCGGAUAUCCCGGGCGUACGUUAAGCGGAAACAAAUUUGGUUGUUAAUUCAAAUCCAGCAAAGCAACGCAAAUAAACAAACAAAGGCAAACAAUAUUCGUGUGCGGCGAGAGAAGUCAAGAGCUCCACAAACAUGGGCUGCGCCACGACCAGCGUUAAGAUCACCUCCAUCGUUCUGAAUGCCAUUUUAGGGUUUCUGGCGGCCGGGGCUAUGGGAUGGAUUGCCUUUAAUGCGGAUACGGAGACCGAAGAAUUCGUCAUAGCUGCCUACAUAGCGUGCUCGGUCAUCCUGGUAUUCGCCUUGCUGGGCAUCUUUGCGGCCAUCCGGGAAUCGGUGGCUCUGACAGCAACGAGUGCCGUGUUCCUGCUGAUCCUGGCCAUUCCGCAGAUCGUGAGCACCGUCCUGUUCCUCCACCAGUAUGAAGCGAAGAGCGGUCAGGAGGUGGUAGAGCUGGCCUGGCAGGCCAACAACAUGGACGCACUGCAGCAGAAGCACGAGUGCUGCGGCAAGAGCAGCGCCCAGGACUACAUCCACCUCAGCCAGCAGAUCCCGCCCAGCUGCUAUGCAGAUCUCAAACAGGUUCCCGACCAUCUUUUCUUGGAGGGGUGCAUCGAGAAGCUGCAGAGCUUCUAUGAGAGCGACAAGCUGCGCUUCAUCAUAGUCUCCUGGGUUCUGGUGGCCUUUGAGUUAAUCUGCUUCGCCUUGGCCGUUUUCCUGGCAAUUAGUUUUAAGAAUAAGCAGCGGCGCAUGGAGUUCUAAGAGGAACUCGAGGGAAUUUCGACCUAACCCCGUAGUACAAAAACUCAAACUCGGAAUUGAGGUCUCUCAUUUCAUAACCAAAAAUAAUGGACAGUCAUAAAUUAUUCACUCCUACCGUAAACAUACCUGUAAUUAAAGUACAUAUUUAUAGUUCAAUUACACAUUAUAAGUAUCUUAAUAAAUGUGCGCGAUGUUUGUUUUCACAUGA